GUCAAGGAAGAACGAAAUGAGCUUGCCGCCCCUGGCAACAUGGGGCGUUUAUUUACAUCAUGGCCGACCGGUUAACGCAACUUCAGGACGCUGUGAAUGCGCAAGCGGACAACUUCUGCAACAGCAUCGGUAUCCUGCAACAGUAUGCGCCACCCAGCAGCUUCCCGGAGUUCGAGAAGUCCGUCUCGAAGCCCGGUCAGCAACCGCAAGAAGACUAUCCACAGUUGUUUGCGACACUGAUAGCCAGGACUGCAAAGGAUAUCGAUGUCCUGAUCGACUCCCUGCCAAGUGAAGAAGCUUCUCCUGAGCUACAGGCGGCCAACCUAAGGCGGCUGGAAGUGGAGAACCAGGAGGCAGCCCGACGCCUGGAGGAAGUAGUUCAGCAGGGCGAGGCACUCCUUGAGCAGAUCCAGAAAGCGCUGCACGACAUUGCCGAGUCGCAGCUGAGCAUGCAGCACCUGGACGAAGCGCCACCCAACUGACAGCACAUCGUCUUGUGGACUCCGUAGAAUGAAGUGUCGCACGAGUUGUCCCCCCAUCUCAGACUCGGGAUGACAGACUCGGCAAUGAAAAUUUUUUUUUCUGGUUUCCUCUGGGGAAGUGGUUACGUGAUAUUUUCGGGCUCAUGCGCAUCGGUUCUUCUUUGUUUCAUGACCUUGUCCCUUGUUGACUUGCUGACAUAAAAACAUUUUCUUAAUUGUGUGCCGCUGUCGAUUUUUUAUUGUUCAGAAGUUGAAACUAGUUCAAUGCUCAUGAUGUCACUGUGUUCCCUGAAGUGCCUUCAUUUCCCUGAAGCACAACUGAGUGACCCAUUUAAUGCAUCUGUUUAUUUUGGCUUCCCUCAGUGCUGAGAGGAAAUGCCCGCCAGGUUGAUUUUGUGCUCCGUGGGGCAUCAUCUGUCCAUGCCUGACCCAUUUCUGGGGUCUUUUCUGUGUACACAUCUUUCACAGUGAAUACCUACCAACUAGCACAGCAGCCGCACUUAGGUAGAGGUGAAAUGCUAUUGGCCCAUGUGCUUUAGAUUGAGGUGCGCCCCAGAAAAUUCCUGGAUGUAAAAAUAACAAUGGGCACUCAAUUCACUGGAAGAUGCUGGAUGUGUUUUACAGUCGACUCAAACCUCAUUGUAACAAAGUUGCAUCUUACAAGAAAAUAACUUCAUUAUAUCUGUAAGUGUGUUAUAACACUGUAUCUAUUGCAAAACUAUUUUUCAUUUAAUUUGUUAUAACAGAUAGUUAGUUAUGUCCAUGUUUCUUAUAUUGAGGUUUGAGUGUGCUUGCUUUGUGUAUGCUUAUUUGUGUGUCAAUUUUAAAUAUGCAGUUAUCUUUCAAGUAUGGUAUGCAUAAAUUAAUAUAAACUAUUUUGUGUGCCUUUUCAGGAGUAGGAGUUUAAAUAAACUGAGAGAGUUAUUGAGUAAACCAGCUCGUCAAAUAAUCUGGAAUCAGAACUGCAUGCAGUAAAACUAGACUGGAUGUUCUAACUUCAUCUUAUAAAAUGUUAUACAUUGAAGGUGGGCAAAUUUUCAUCUUGACAUAGAUUAAACACAACUUUUGGCCAA